GGUCGACAACGACAACGAGCUGUUUUACACGCUGCACUCGACGUUGGCGAUCCUUUCCGCCUUUCCUGACGAUAUAACGACCUGUAUAACUACUUUGUUGAAGUAUAUCUCAAAAUAAACAGCCGACAUGGCUCCUACUUCAAAACCCGAAACUCUCCUCAAGCAGGCUGAGGGUCUCAUUACCGUUGGCCAGAAGUUCACCGCUCUCCAGGCGCUGACAGAGAUGUUCAGCUCAAAACGAUUCCGUUCGACCCCGCUCGCCUUGCUCGAGCCCAUCAUGCUCCGCUUUGUGGAGCUCUGCGUUGAUCUACGCAAGGGGCGCAUUGCGAAGGAAGGACUAAUGCAGUACAAAAAUAUCGCGCAGAAUUCCAGCGUCGGUUCGAUCGAGAUCGUCAUUCAGAAAUUCAUCAGCUUGGCAGACGCGAAGGUGCAGGAGGCACAGGAUAUGGCGGACAAGGCGGUAGCGGAUGCGGUCGCUGAUGUGGACGAUUUAGAGGCCAUUGAGACACCAGAGAGUAUCUUGCUUGGAGCGGUCAGCGGGGAUCAGAGCAAAGACCGCACGGACAGGGCUUUAGUGACGCCCUGGCUCAAGUUCUUGUGGGAGAGCUAUAGAAUGGCACUGGAGACGUUGAAGAACAAUGCCCGUUUAGAGGGCAUUUAUCAGCAAGUAGCGCAACAAGCGUUCAAGUUCUGCUUGAAGCAUCAGCGCAAGGUCGAGUUUCGUCGCUUGUGUGAGACACUCCGGUUGCACUUGGGCAAUGUCGCAAAAUACGCGCACCAGGCCCAUUCGAUCAAUUUACAGGAUCCAGAGACGCUUCAACAUUAUCUUGAUACUCGGUUUGCGCAGCUCAACACAUCUGUAGAGCUCGAACUAUGGCAGGAGGCUUUCAGGUCGGUCGAGGACGUGCACAAUCUGUUGACGAUGGCGAAGAAAGCACCGCGACCGGGGAUGAUGGCGAACUACUAUGAGAAACUGACGAAAAUUUUCUUGAUGAGCGGAAAUGCCCUCUAUCAUGCCGCGGCCUGGGCAAAAUACUACUCUCUUGUGACGGCAAUAGGUGGGCGAUCUGAGGAUGAGAUGCAUCGGUUGGCAGGACAAGUAUUGGUGAGCGCACUCGCUGUGCCUGUCGGGCAAAAGGCGGAGGAAUUUGGCGCCGUGGAGGGUAAAGGCAAAACAGCUCGAUUGACCGCUCUUCUCGGUCUUUCGAAACCACCCAGUCGCGGCGGACUACUGAAGGAUGCGCUGUCUCGAAAUGUUCUCAAAUUAGCCCCUGAGACAAUUCGCUCGCUAUACACGAUUCUCGAGGUUACAUUUGACCCUCUGACUCUUUGCGGUGCCGUUGCGCCGCUCUUGGUCACGCUCUCCCAAGAUGCCGCUUACUCCCCGUAUCUCCCGUUGCUUCAGCGUGCUCUUCUCUCCCGCCUUCUCUCUCAGCUCGCACAAGUCUACUCUUCGAUCGAGAUUGCCAAACUCCUCGCGCUACUCCAGCCCCUGCGCGAUGCUGCCACAGAUGGUGCCGGCGACGCCACGGUUUACCAGGAGGAACGAGUCGAGGCCUACAUCAUGGGAUGCGCGCGGGUUGGCGAGCUGAAUGUCCGCAUUGAUCACGCUGCAGGCAGCCUUGAAUUUGUCGAUGACGCCUUUGCCUACGAAGAUGCGCCCUCGACGUCGGCUGCGCACGAGAAAGCCAUUCAAGCGUCUGCAUCCACGCUCGUGCGAACACGUUUGAGUACCAUUGCUACUAGUCUUCACAACUCCCUCGCCAUUCUGGACCCGGCUCUACAGCUCACGCCUGAGGAGCAGCAGGAGCGUGUGCAGGCUCUGGUCGCUGCAGCCCAGACCGAGCGAAAGGCUCUACAGCUCCGCCGCGCGCUCGUUGCGAGACGACGAGAGCUUCUAUCUGAGCUCUCGGUCCGUAAGGAGAAGGAAGAGGCAAGUAGGCGCGCUGAGAUCAGCCGGAGGGAGCGUGAGGAGGAGGGUAGAAGGGCACUGGAGGAGGUCAGGCGAAGAGAACAGGAGAAGGCAAAGAGGGAAAUCGAGAACAUCCGGAUGGAGGAGGCAAUGAAGUUGGCUCAGAGUCUCAAGGAGAGGGGCAAUCUCAAGGUCGACAUCGAGGAUGUCACGAACCUCAACACGGACAAUCUCAUGCGUCUUCAAGUCGAACAGUGGGAGAAGGAGAAGAAGGACCGCGAGGAACGUCUUCGAAUUAUCGCCAAGCGUCUCGACCAUCUCGAGCGCGCUUACCGCAAAGAAGAACGUCCUCUCCUCGCCAAGGAUUAUGAGGUCCAGCAGGAGAACGAUCGUGCUACCUUCGACGCUGUACAAACCGCUCGCCUCGAAAACUCCAAGGUUGCCCACCAACAAGACUUGGCCACGAAGAAACGUCUCUCGCGUAUGCUGGACGAGUUCAACGCCCGAAAGGACCUGAUCCUUCAGAAGAGGGGAGAGGAGUUCGAGAAGAGGAGGCAGACAGCGUUGGCUAAGAUCGAGGAGGAGAAGGCUAAGAGGCGCAAGGCUGUCCUCAAGGCACGCGAGGAGGAGCGGAUCGAGCGCGAGAAUCAGGAGCGUAUCAGAAGGGAGAAGGAAGAAGAGGAGCAGAGGCUCGAAGAAGAACGUCUGAUGGAGGAGGAGAGACUGCGCGCAGAGGAGGAGGCCGCUCAAGCCGCUGAAGAGGCCAAGCAGCGCGAAGAGCAGGAAAAGGCACUAGCCCUUCGCAAACAGCGGGAACAGGAGCGGGAAGCCGCAAACGAAAAGGCGCGUUUGCAAGCGCAGCGCGAGGAAGAAGCCAUGGCACGGCGUGCGGCUGGACGCGUGGCGCCAGCGGCUGUUGCCACUCCCGUCGCCACCGACACCUGGAGGCGUCGCGAGUCCGCCGCACCGCCCACCCCGAUCCGGGCAUCCAUGGCCACGCCUCCACCGCGGUCGGAGAGCCCCGCUGGUCAACCAAGAGUCAGCCGACCUGCCGUCUCCAAUGGCGGCGGAUGGAGAGCGAGAGAGCAGGCUAAACAGUCUGGCGCUGCCCCUGUUCGGUCGGCAUCCCCCGCCCUUCCCAAAGACGAGCCCAAGAAGGAAGAGACUAAGGCCGACGACGACGGUUUCCAACCUGCGAAGAACGUCUGGCGUCCGUCGCGGCUGAGGGGCAAGCAGUAGUGCGAUCUUGAGGUUCUGUCUGUCUUUUGAUCCGUAUGCUUCCAUUCGCGCAUUUGCAUGUCCUCAUGUUCUGUUUUUACAUCUUGCACCAUGAAACUUUCUAUGAAUCCUCGGAUAAAUAUCUGAAAACAACGAAUGCAGUACAUAUGCGGUUUAGGUACAGUCAACACAAAACUCAAUGUCCGAUAUAGCAAACGAAUGGAUCGCAGGGGGUACAACAGGUUUAUUGCCUAUGCUCCUCUUCUUCGGCUUCU